CGCCGCCGCCGCCCAUGGAGCCCAACGGGACGGCGGCGGCGGGGGACAACGGGACGGCGGCGGCGGCGGCGGUGGGCGGCGGGGGUGCCCCCGGGAGCGGCCCCCUGCUCAUCCCGUCGGCCUUCGGGACGGUGCUGUCGGUGAUGUACGUGGCCGGGGUGGCCGGCAAUGUCUACACGCUGGUGGUGAUGUGCCACUCGGCGCGCUGCGCCGCCCCCAUGUACAGCUCCAUCGUCAGCCUGGCCCUGGCCGACCUGCUCUACCUCUCCACCAUCCCCUUCAUCGUCUGCACCUACCUGGCCCAGGACUGGUACUUCGGGGACCUGGGCUGCCGCAUCCUGCUCAGCCUGGACCUGCUCACCAUGCACGCCAGCAUCUUCACGCUCACCCUCAUGUGCACCGAGCGCUACCUGGCCGUCACCCGGCCCCUGGACACCCUGAAGCGCUCGCGGGGCUACCGCAAGGUGACGGCGGGGGCCGUGUGGUCGGUGUCGCUGCUGCUCACGCUGCCCAUGAUGCUGAUGGUCACGCUGACCGAGGGGGGCAAGGCGGAGGGCAAGGUGAAGAGGAUGUGUGCGCCCACCUGGAGCGUGGACGCCUACCGCACCUACCUGACCGUGCUCUUCAGCACCAGCAUCAUGGCCCCGGGCAUCAUCAUCGGCUUCCUGUACACACGCCUGGCCAGGACCUACCUGGAGUCCCAGAGGAACCCCCCGCACAAGGAGAAGAGCAAGAGGUCCCCUCGGCAGAAGGUCCUCAUCAUGAUUUUCAGCAUCGUGCUGGUCUUCUGGGCCUGCUUCCUGCCCUUCUGGAUCUGGCAGCUGGUGCGCCUCUACAGCAGCUCGCUGCAGCUCACCACCCAAACCCAAAAGUGCAUUAACUACCUGGUGACCUGCCUGACCUACAGCAACAGCUGCAUCAACCCCUUCCUCUACACCCUGCUCACCAAAAACUACCGCGAGUACCUGCGCAACAGGCACCGCAACUUCUACAGGUUCACCUCCUCCUUCCGCAAGAGGGGCUCCAACCUGCAGUGCUCCUGGGGCCGCUCCAUGUCCUCCAGCAACCAGUACGACUACAGCUCCGAGGCGCUGGGCAUGGCCACGCUGAAGGACAAGUGAGGAGGAGGAGGAGGAGGCGCUGCCAACACGCCAGGACCAGCAGGGCGUCCGGCCAAGGUAGGGCUUUGGGGACCCCUGAGCCCUGGAGGGUUCUGAAAACUCAUUUGUGGUGCCCACGAUGCUCACGCCAAGGGAGGGCUUUGGGGACCCCCAAGCCCUGGAGGGUUCUGAAAAGUCAUUUGUGGUGCUUUCUCAAAUGAGAGGCCAGAAGUUGUGUGAAUCCAAACGCUGCGAGAUGAGUCUGGAGUUCCAUCUGGCUGAGGGGUGUUGGGGGUGUCCUGCCGGGAGCCAGCAGCUGUUUGGGACAAAUCCCACGGGGUUUGGGGUGCAGAAGAUGAGGUGGAUGCUCUGCUCGGCGCUGCCACAAACCGGUUUCACGCCUGGCUGAGUUUCGGCUCCAGCUCCGCUCAUCGUUUCUCUCUGGGGUUUCUCCUGGGGCUGCAGCUGGGUCAGAGCUGCAGGAAUCUGAAAUUGGCCCAGGAUCACUUAACUGAGCUGCCGGCCUCGGGUUUGCCCUGUGUGCUACCGUUGUCUGUUUCUGGAGCGUGUAAAGAGACUUCUAAGCCCCUUUUCCUAUUUCCUGUGCACUACUGUUCUAUCAAGCUUAAAGUCUCUAUUUUAAAAUUCAUUGCAGCAGCACUUUGAACUCCAAGCAUUCAAAAACCACCAGGUAAGCUGUUAGAAACCACAGGAUUACCUAAAAAAAAAAAUUUAAAACCCUUGUAAUUUUUUAAGGUUUCUGCCUAAGGUGGUUUGAAUUUGCCAUUGAUUUUUUUCUUCUUGAAAAAGUUGGUCCUUUUCUUAAAAGUCAACAGAGCUUGACAAACCUUGGAAGAAAAAUGUACCCAAAAAUUUACCUUGGAAGAAAUAAAAUAUUAUUUAUAAUCCUAUCACUCAAAGACCUGAGGCUCUAAGAAAAAUGACUGAAUGCUAUACCAUGAAACUCAUCAUAAAAGAGACACAUUUUUUCAUGACAUUUGAUCCAAACUGUUUUGCCUCAAUGUAUUCUGCUCAUUUUCUCCCUGCUUGGCAUCUCACAGUAAACCUUCAGCACAGAUCCUGGAGAUGCCUGUGGGCACUUAAACAAUUGUAAAGUGUCAGUUUAUAAAUAAAUGCUUA